AUGUGUCUUUUCAGUAUACUUGGCAUAUUUAUGGGUAGCCCUUCUGUGCUUCUGGCCGAGGUCAGGUCAGAGUAUAUAAAGUGGUUCUUGGGUAAUACUUUUAUAUUCCCUGAAAUUAUUAACGAUCCGUUGCUUAUCUUUAGCCCCUACGUUUUUAUCUUUAGGAUACUUUUCUGGCUUCUAUUUGUUGAAGGCGGUUGUCAGCAGAUACUACUUCCCUUGAAACCUAAGGUGGAGGAAUAUUAUAUCUUUUGUAAAACUGAAGUGGUUAACGGGUACCCGGAUCUUCUGAAUCUCGGGGAGAUUUAUAGUUGGCUUCAGUCGAUGUUUGUGUACUGUAUACGCUAUAGAGGUAGAAAGAUAUUAAACAAUAGUGAUACGGUCAGCGAAGCUCAGCAGAAUUUAAUCAUAAAGUACGCAGAUUCUCCUGAGCAACAAGCGUUGAUCCGUGAAUAUCCAGAGUAUAUCAAAGCGGCCCGGCGAUUAGAUAAGCAAGCUAAAAUUUACAUCUAUAAUCCAAGUAAGCAGAUACGAUCGCAAUAUAACAAACUUACUUGUGAAAAGCUCAAUACGUUUGGCCGGCUAGAGAGAGUAUUAAGACAGAAAAUUCGAAAGGAGUUUAACUGUAAACAGGCGAAUAUAGAUAUUAAGCGACAGCUCUCUGGAGCGGCUAUCGAUAAUGAGGAAGCAAAAAACGUAUUGCGAACAAACAGUAUGCUGCCAGAGCAGAUUGAUCUUCUUGAGAAGUUGCAGAGUGGCAGAGACAAAACGGCGCUAUUGUUGCUAUCUCAUAAUACUGCUGUCACCUUGAAGGCGGGCCGCUGCGUAGACGACUACGAACAACAAAGACAACCUCUAUCUCUCCCUAAAUGUCGAAGGAAGAAUUACUUCUGGAGAAGGCGGGAAAUUAUAUCCGGAAGGCCAAAAAACCUCGAAGAUGCUUUUAAUGUUACGGCGAUACUCUGCUACCUAUUUAUCGUCGAACACAUAAAUAUGGCGAAUACAAAUCAACUUUACGACACUUUCGAGAAAAGCACUUGGAGGAUCGGAGAUGUCAUAUGUGUAGCGAGGAUCUUUUACAUGAAAUGCAUCUUCGUAGGCAUGCAGAAGAUGUUCAUCGUCUUGCUACCGAACGCAAUUACUACGCAAAAGAAGAAUCAGGAUCGGACAUUGAUACGGACUGACUGGGAAAUUCAAUAUAUUCAGCUCAGGCGACACAUCAGUCUUAGCGGACAUGAAUGCGGGUGA